AAACCGAUCGAUUGGGAUUGGACUCCGGUGAAGACCGGAGCGUCGACGAGCUUGGCAAGUGGCGACUGCCUGAGCUCGGGAACUCGACCUUCCUCGCCGCUUCUCGUGGCUUCGUGCUCCACCUCCACUUGGUCGGUGAAUCCUGCUUCCCUUCGGUCCUCCCGUUCCUGAACCAAUCGACACCUGAACUGAGCUCCAGUUCUUCGGUUAGAUCUUGCCCCUUCACCUCUCCAUCGGCAUUGGGUUUCUUGAUGGGAGAGAGUAGUAGGCAGGAACCGGGGGUCCGCCUCCAAGCGGAUGGUUGGUUGCAGAAGCCUCCGUUGGGAUUCAACAGCAUCAUGCAGAUUCCCGAUAAGAUUCAGAACUCUCUUAAGGUGCAUUUUGGGCGUUUCGUGAAGAAGAAUGGUGCUGGCCGCGGUAUGAGUGCUGAAAUGCCGUCAGAGAAGGUGAGUGAAUCGUGUAAUGCUACUGCUGCUGCUGCUGAGGUUAGCUUGGACAGGCAGGUCCAAGCUUGGAAGAACAAUCCUAGUUGGACCGAUGAGCCUCCAGAAAUCAAGGUGACUGUACCAGAAGGUUCUCUUUGCAACCUCAAUCUAAGAUUUAAAGCAGGAUUACCACCGGAUGCUGUUUACAACAUCAUAAUUGAUCCCGAGAACAAAAGAGUGUUCAAAAAUAUCAAGGAAGUAAUAUCGAGGAAAGUCUUGCUUGACGAAGGAUCAAGGCAAAUAGUUGAAGUGGAGCAGGCAGCAAUCUGGAAGUUCCUCUGGUGGUCUGGCAUCUUGUCAGUUCAUGUUUUUGUUGACCAGAACAGAAAAAAUCACACUGUAAAGUUUAAGCAGGGGCGGACAGGUUUUAUGAGAAAGUUUGAGGGUUGCUGGAGGAUAGAACCCCUCUUCGUUGACAAGGAAGUAUGCCUUCCUCUUAAUCCACGUGCAUUGGAAGAAUAUGAAUCUUGUACUGAUGGCAGGGGCAGAAUAGGAUCUGCCAUUACCUUGGAUCAGCUUAUUGAGCCAAAUCUUUUGCCUCCACCGCCCAUUUCAUGGUAUUUGAGAGGGAUCACCACAAGGACAACUGAGAUGUUGGUGAAUGACUUGAUAGCGGAAACUGCUCGGCUGCGAGGCAUCUCAAACAAUGUGGAUGGCAAGCAAGAUAUUGAAGAAACAGAUAUUAACAAAAGUCGUCCGACAAAUGAGUGUGAUGACCUUAAGGAAAGGUGGCGACAGAAAAGAAAAAGUGGACGGCAUGGAAACACCCUUAGAUUAACAAGUCAAUUGCUGUAAGAUAAGCUAUGAAAAAACACUCAUCUUAGGACAGAUUGUAUUUUAGGGCCAAUUUACCUGUAUCCUAGUGUUCAAGGUUUUGGUUCUUGUAGAUGAUAUGGUGUAAGAUUGUUAAUAACUUUGUCAUUGUUUGACAAAGGGCUCUUUUUGAACAUUUAGUAAGCUAGUUGUUCAAUAUUACAUGUCUGAUGUGAAUAAAAUUCUACUUCAGUUGA